AUGUUUUCGUCCUUCUCUGAGAAGGUCGCCAGCAUCAUGCUGGCAAUGUCCUUGUGGUGGGAGCCCUGGGUGCCCCUGUUCGACCGCAUCCAGCACCGGCUGGAUGCUGGUCUCCUGUGGCCCCUCAGGAACCCGGUCAAGUUCCUGGGGGGCCUGAUUCUCCUGUACAGGUACCAGGAGACGUUGGGAGACCUUGUGUUGCGUGUGUCUGGCUUCUGUUUCGGUCUUGGCCUCCGAGCAAUAACGGAGGAGUGCGAUGGAGCACUCUUUUACGUGACGCCGGACAGGAUUUCCGUCCGCCGUUAUUGCAUCGGGGUCAAGACCGGGAUGGAAGCCAGAAAGGCUCUCCUGGAUGCUAUCAUAAGCAUCCGGGAUUCGUUGGUUUUGUUGUUGGUCUUGUGGCUGGUUGUCUCCCUGGCACGGGAGAAACUCCAUGUACGCGAGCUCAAGCAAACUUGCACCGGUAAGGAAGCCUCGUUAGCCCGGAUCCAGGCUGGCCAGGGUGCAAGUGCGCAAGAGCUCCGUACCGUCAAGAAGGACUACGAGCGGCUCAAGGUGGCUUCUGCUAAGAACGAACGAACCUUCGAGGAUCGACUUGCCCAUCUGCGCGAGCAGUAUGCCUUGGCUACUGACCGUCGGAUCAAGGCAACUCGGGAGAUGGAACGUCGUCUCGCGGCCGAAGUCCACGACUGGCAGAAUAGAGCUUUGUCUGUACAGACGAAGUUCGAAAACGCCGCAGCGCGAGAGUCCGAGAGGGUUGCCGAACAGCAUGGACGUGAGCUUGCUGUUGCGAGAAAGGCCCUCGAGGAUUUCAAGCGCUGCGUUGGAGAGACGGAGUUGGGUGCUCGAUGCUCCCGCCUUGAGACGGAGCUGAGCAGGACAAAGGAGGACGCCGCAGCUGCCGCUGCUGAAGCUGCGGCUCAUGCUGAACAGGAGAAGAAGAACCUGGAGGCCGAGGUGAGGGCUCUUCGGGGAGACCUCAAUGAGAUGUCAACAAAGAAAAGUCUCUGCGAGGAGGAGAACGCCAAGCUUCUUGGGCACAAGCAGGAACUGCUGGCGAGUCUUGAGACCGCCCACAAGCAGCUGGAGAUCUUCGGAUCGCAGCUGGUGGCCGCAGACUUGGCGAGGGUGAAGGAGGAAGAGGCGAAGACCCUCUUGGUUGGCACUGGUCAAACGCUCGAGACCGAGUUGCAGAACGCUCUUUUAGAGCGGGACGCUUCUCAGUCAACGGCGGCUAACCUUGAGGGCCAACUUGUCACCGCUAGGGAAGAUGUCUGCCGGAUGGAGGCGGCGCUGACGGACGCUCAGACGGAACUGGUCAAACUGAGAGCUCAAAUUGGCAACGGCGAGCAUGGCGUUAAGCCGGAGUCGGAGCCUGUCAAUGACUCGAAGGGAGAUUCGGAACCGUCGGGAAAACUUAGGCACGUCCUGAUGCCCAAAUCCAGAAAGCCCGCUGUAGAGGCCCCCGCAGCGCCUGCGGAUCCGACACCAGCACCAGCUGAGUCGGCCGUGACUGCUACGUCAGCGCGUGGUCCAGAGGGUACAGAUGAGGCUUGGAAGCAGGAUCCGAACCUGACUUUCCAGCGGAUGUACCACCUGGGACGCGAGCUGCACGAAAGCUGCGUGGCGUGGUCGAAAAGCAGCGGCCCAGUGGGUUCCAUUAUUGGUCUUUAUGACCUUAAGGCCCGCUUGGAGGCAUUCGCUCUAGUAUGGGACGAGUUGCGCAAGAAUUUGGGGCCGGAAACGCUAGCGGAUGUGGUGCAGAAGUCCUAUCUGCACACGGUGAUGCUGUCAGUGUCGUUGACCUCCAGCUGGGAAAAGUCCGACAAGAGCGGCGUGGUUGAAGCCGCAAGGCAGUUGGUGGAGAAGUGUGCGGAGAUUGGCUUGGCCAUGAAUCCGGCUCAUAAAGGAUAUUUGUGAAUGCGGCUGUACAGUUUCUUCCUGAUCUCGGCUUGAACGGGUUCUUCGGAACCUGUUUGCUGAUUGACGGAAUUAACUUGCCGCAUUAGCCAAAUAUCUUUAGAGCCUGGUAUUCUAGCCCUCGAUUGUCAAACUACCCUCGCUUCCACCCACCUUCCCUUGGUCUGGAACCUGCGCUUAGCUCUGGACUUGGAACAGCUGUUCUUGGCUCAUGAUGCUUCUCGAGUGGCAUCCCCACAUAUCCUACUAGUUGGAUGGUCUUGGGAGCUUGCGAGCCAAUUUCUCUCUACUUCACCGUCUUCUCUCUCAAGGUGACCUAGUAUCGUUGUCUCCAGCCUUGUGUUUCCUGUGUUCUGCUAACACUUCUCCCGUCCACGCAAACAAACGGUCCUCCU